AUGACUAUCCCCCACUAUGGCGUAUGGAAGGGUACACCAGUUUCAUACCAAGUUGACCCCCCGAACGACCCAAGUCCUCAUAUCAACCUUGUCUUCACAGACGACAAGAACGGAACCACCGAGCGGAAGGCAGCGAUCAAUGUCAAAUCUCAGGCCACACCAAACGAACUCGUCUACUGGUUCGACCGUGAUUUCUCUCACCCCCUUACUCGAGACCUCGAACGUCUAGCGCUUGGCUUCCGCCACCUUACAGCCAAUGACCUCAGCACGAUUGACCUUGCCCUCGACUAUGAUCGGACUGACAACCUGCUCCAUUUGCCCGAUGGCAGGAUCUUGCCAUUUACCGAGAGCGGACCGGACAACGACAUCCUCGAUCAACUCAUACCCAUACUCGACGGCGCUAUCGAAAAACAAGCAAAAAUCUAUCUCUAUGGCUCGUCCUUUGGCUCUGGAAUUCAUGACGUUCAUAUGAACCAAGGCAGUGUUGGCUUUCCCAAUGGCGUCGGACAGGAUGGAGCCUUCUUCCUGCGAUUUCCAGACGGCCAUUGGGAAGCGGUGUUUCUGGCCUUCGCCUCACAGCGAAUUCCAACCAAUGACCGAAACGGGAAACCCUUGUCUGGCAGCCCAUCCUUGGAAAGAAUCAUCAAGACUUCAGGACGUGCUCAUCUUUGA